AUGGUCAAGUUACUUAGUUAUUGGAUGAUUUUAGUACUGGUGGCCAUUGCGGAGGCACAGGAUCUUGAAGAAGUCGAAACUGGAGGCGACUUAACUGAAGAUAAAUGCAACAAAAAUAGGGAUGGCUGCUGCUCUGAGCUUUAUAUAGGAGAAGAAGAGGACCUGGUGAAAUGUUUCGUUAUUCACUCGCCCAAAUUACCAGCGGAUGGAGAUAGUGACUUGGGAAAAACCCUAAGCUUUCUAUCGUGCUUUGUAGAGUGUCUGUACAAGCAAAAGAAGUACAUUGGUAAGAGCGAUACCAUUAACAUGAAGAUGGUCAAGCUGGAUGCAGAGAAGAUGUAUGUAGACAGGCCUAAGGAGAAGGAGUACCAUAUCGAAAUGUAUGAUUACUGUCGCAAGGAUGCAGUCGGAGUUUAUAAUCUUUUAAAGGCAAGUCCCGGAGCAAAGGUUCUUCUGAAAGGCGCCUGUCGUCCCUACCUAUUGAUGGUCUUUAUGUGCAUGAGCGACUAUCAUCAAAAACACGAGUGUCCCUACUUCCGCUGGGAGGGCACCACCAACGCGGGAACGAAGGAUCAAUGCGAGGAGGCCAAGUCCAAGUGCUAUCUAAUUGACGGAAUAACGCUGCCCACAAAGAGUCCCCUCUGA